AUGGCCACUCCCCUUUUCCCCACAUUCCUCUUUUUGAUUUUUCUCUCUUCCUUUGUGCUAUUGCUGGUCACCCUCCUGCCCUCGGUCACCCCCUCCAUCCCCUUCACGUCCUCCUCCCACCCCUCACCCUGGCUGUCCCCCUCAUGCGGUCCUGGUCAGUCCUGGGCUGUCCGGCUCCAAGCUGGCUCACACUACAUAGAAGAUGAUAAUGAUGAACAGGACUCCAUACACCUGGAUGUCAUCGCCAACAGGGUAGCAGAGCAGGCUGGGCUGCAGAACCGUGGCCAGAUAGGACAGCUGGAAGGCCACUACCUGCUGUGCUCUGUGAAUCCUGCUGUUGGGACCGUGGCGCGUGUGCCGAGAGACGGCGUCCAUCCCGGGGACGUGCUCGCCGCCCACCCUCAUGUCCUGUGGUAUUCCAAGGAGAGUGUGCUCAGCCGCUCCAAGAGGUCACUGGCUUUCAAUGACCCCAACUACCCUAAGCAGUGGCAUCUGCACAACAAAAUCCAUAAGGGCAUGGAUAUCAACGUGACAGGAGUGUGGGAGCGGAACAUCACAGGCCAAGGAGUCACCGUGGUGGUUGUGGACGAUGGGGUGGAACACACUCACCAGGAUAUUCAGCUUAACUAUAGUCCAGAGGGCAGCUAUGACCUGAACUCCAACGACCCAGACCCCAUGCCUCACCCGGAUGACCACAGUGACAACCACCAUGGCACUCGGUGUGCUGGAGAGAUCGCAGCUGUUCCCAACAACAGCUUCUGUGCCGUCGGGGUGGCUUAUGGCAGCAAGGUGGCAGGUAUCAGAGUGCUGGAUGGCCCGCUCACUGACAGCCUGGAGGCUAUCGCUUUCAACAAGCACUACCAAGUCAAUGACAUCUACAGCUGCAGCUGGGGACCAGAUGACGAUGGACACACUGUGGAUGGGCCUCAUCCCCUUGGCAAGGCAGCUCUGCAGCAUGGCGUGAUCGCAGGCAGGCGAGGCUUCGGGAGUAUCUUUGUGGUUGCCAGUGGCAACGGAGGCCAGUACGACGACAACUGCAACUACGACGGCUAUGCCAACUCAAUCUACACAAUCACAAUUGGAGCUGUUGACGAGAAAGGCAGGAUGCCCUUUUACGCCGAGGAGUGUGCAUCUAUGCUGGCGGUCACAUUCAGCAGUGGAGGGAGCAAACUGAGGAGCAUUGUGACGUCGGACUGGUCCAUGCGGCAGGGGACGGGCUGUACGGACGGUCACACCGGCACGUCGGCAGCAGCCCCGCUGGCAGCGGGAAUGGUGGCUCUCAUGCUGCAGGUCCGGCCCUGCCUCAGCUGGAGGGAUGUCCAGCACAUCAUCGCCUUCACUGCCACCCAGUGUGACAGUAGUGCAGACUGGAAGGUGAACGGAGCAGGUUUUCAUCACAGCCACCAGCACGGCUUCGGUCUGCUCAACGCCUGGAGACUGGUCAACGCUGCGAAGGUGUGGGAGACGGUGCCGUUCCUCAUGUCCCAUCAGAGCCCAGUGAUGAAGGAGGAAAUGUCCAUCCGGACUUAUCCCAAUCAGCUGGUCCGUACCUGGGACGUCUCCGCUGAGGAACUGGAUCAGUCGGGAAUGGAGACGCUGGAGCACGUGGCCGUCACCGUGACGAUCACCCACCCCUGCCGGGGCAAUCUGGAGAUCAUGCUGGUCUGUCCCAGCGGCAUGACGUCCAUCAUCGGCGCUCGACGGGCCAUCGACAGAGAUGCAGCAGGCUACCAGGACUGGACUUUUUCCACUGUGCGCUGCUGGGGAGAGAGAGCAAAAGGACUGUACACCCUCAAGAUAUCUGACCACAGAGAGGGAUCGUCCGAUCAGUGCAGCGCUGCGGGAGUGCUGAAGCAGUGGAAGCUGACUCUGUACGGCUCGUCCAUGAGCUUCGAGGAAAUUAAGGACAGACAGAGGCUUGUGGAGGAGGCCAUGAGCGGCAAGUACCUGGACAGCAGCUUCUCCCUCCCCUGCCCACCGGGCCUGGACAUCCCCCCAGAAAUCAUCAGCCCCUUCACCUCCAACAGCCUCAAGUUCCUCCUGCUGCUGGGCUGCAUCGCUCUCUUCUGGUCCCUCUACUACACCCUGGAGGUCACCCUCGCCCACCUCGACUUCAGAGCCCUCUUCUGCCUGCCCCGGAGACGCAGCAGCCACCGGUCCAGGAGGGCCCGUCGGAUGAGGGGCGUGGAGGAGGCCAUGGUGGAGGAGGAGGGGGGGGAGGACGGUGGGGAGGACUCUGGGGUGGAGCUGAAGGCAGUGCUGGACUCUGAGGUCAAAGUGCCGCUCAUGAUUGAGGAACGGCUGGCAACAUAGCACCGAGCCAGAGGACUGGACCCUCUCACGGUCUGAGCCUCAGACCCCCCCCCCUUAAAUGCAGGGGGGCCUCUGGAUGGAGGCUCAUCAAGAGGGCUGCAGAUGAACUUAAAUGGACGUCGAGUGGACUUUGGUACUCCUCUGCAACCCCCUGACAAAGUGGCCUUGUGUGUGUUUGUGCCAUGAUAUAUUAUAUGAUGAUAUAUCAUAUUUUCUCACAAGGAAAAAAAAAAAAAAAUGCUGGAAAAAGAUCCAAAGUGGGAAUAUUUUUCCUGCUGUGGGGUUAAAAUUCCCACACAUUGUGGUUCAGGAUCAAAGGACUCAAAGGGCCUCAAAGGAGUCGGACGACAACCCGGUAGAGUCCUGUGUGGAACUAUGAAUGUAUUUACAUCGUCAUCUUUAUGUGAAACGUGCACCCAGAGUAGAACAAAGUUUACAGGCUGGAGGGGUACCUGUGGAAAAAUGGAGCCUUCAUGCAACUGAGGAUUCGGAAACCUUCCGUUUGGGGAAAAAUCUCAUAUCCUGGAUGAGUUAGCUCCUCAAAAAUCGAUAGAUAAUCGACAAUCAAGUGCUGCGUUCCCCUGAAUGGACCAACACAUGGAUUAAAUUCUAUGUGUAAAAUCAGAAUUAUCCACAAACAGUUCUGGAAAUACUCUUCUCCCCCCCCCCCGGCUAACCACUCGUGCUAAGCUAAUGAAGUCUGUGUCUGAUAAGAGUCUUUUCCCCCCGCUGGAAGAUCGGACUUUUCCCAGUUGUUCAUGAAUGCACCUGGGACAAGAGAUGAGACGUGCACUAUCGAAAGAGAUAUGACAGUACUGUGUCUUGUGUCUGUGUGUGUGCGCGCGUGCGUGCGUGCUGUGUGUGUUUGCGCUGUGUGAUGAGUGCUUGUAAUAAACAAGGUCUUCCAAAAGGAAGAAAAAAAGUGUCCUGAAAAUGUGAGGACCCCGGAGGGUACUGGUGUAUUUUCAUAAGAAGAUAUUUUCUGAGGUGUUCUUUUCAGUCUGGGAUCAUUCUCUGGGAGCUAUCAAACAACUACUGAUCAAAACUUGAAGUGGGAUUUUCAAGUGUGGGAUUUUUUAUAUAUAUAUAUAUAUAUAUAUAUAUAUAUAUAUAUAUAUAUAUAUAUAUAUAUAUAUAUAUAUAUAUAUAUAUAUAUAUAUAUACAUACAUAUAUAUAUAAUAUUCAUAUACACAAUGUGUGCCUGCUAUACAGGUUUACUGUAUGCUGACUGUGUUUAAGGAUUUCUACAAAGUGUUUUUAAGAAUGUAAAAGAAUUUUAAUUUUUCUAUGUAAAGGAUUGUUUGGUGUGAUGCUGGAAACUGUGCAUUGCUGUGCAAGCCACAGGUGAUCGGAGUGAAAAUAAAGAGUUGACGGAG